AUGCUUCGUGCAGCUCAUUUGCCUCGUUCACAAUCCGCUGCAUACAAUUUCUCACUGGUCACUAAGCGAUGGCAACAAACGCCUGCUUCACCUGGUACGGGUAUAACUGCUUCAACAAAAUCAACACCUGGGUCACAUACAACACAAUAUGCUACUAAUAAUUCUUCAUCGACAUUAAAAACACAAACAGCGACGGCAAGACCAUCAUUCAAUGCACCUAUUGAUCGAACAAAUAAUCCAAAUAAAACAACAAACACUCCACCAUCAUAUAUACCUCCGCCAUCAGCAAGAUCAAGUCCACCAACUGGCAGCGGAAGUAGUGGUGGUGGCGGUGGUAGAAUGAUUAAAUCAAUUAUAUAUGGUGUUACUCUUGGUCUUACAGCAACAUUAGUUUAUGCUGAAUAUGAAAAUGGGCCGUUUCGUCGUCAACUUGAAUCAACUAUUCCCUAUAGUUCAACAGUUUUAGGUGGUCUUGAUCAAGUUAUUGAUCCUGUUUUCGGUCGACAAAAACCAUUUACAAAAGAAAUUACAGACAAAAUACCAGAUCUAGCUUAUGUUAAAGAUAAAAUACCGGGUAAAGAACAAAUUAAAAAAAUUGGUGAACAAGUUAAAGAUACUACCAAUAAUGUUUUGGAAAAAUUACCUGAUAAAACUACAAUUAAAAAAGCUGGUGAAAGUGCAAAAGAUGCUGUUAGUAAUACUUAUCAUAAAUUAACAGAUCAGAAUAAAGCUAAAGGUGUUGUUGAUCAAGCUACUAACCAGGUUAAAGAUGCAGUCAAUACUGUUCGUGAAGCAUUACCUGAUACAGCAGGAUUAAAAAAAGGUUUAACCCAUGCUAAAGAACAAGUUCAAGAUGCAGCACAUACCGUUAAAGAAACUGUCAAAGAUGCUUUACCAUUAGCUAAAGGUAAAUCAGGUGAACCAACCAAAAAAAUUGGUGAUCCUAUGUUUCUGGAAGAAGCUGGUGAAAUGGGAGUCCCACCCCCAAUUCCUGAAGAUAAAUAUAAAAAACUUGAAGAAGAAAUUAAUCAUUUAUUUGCACCUUUAUCGAAACAACUUGAUGAUGCUUUAACAGCUGCACGUGAACAUGUUUCACAUAUGAAAACUUUAAUUGAGAAUCCUAAUAUAUCAACAUCUGAUCAUGAAACAUGGAAAAAAGCUGAACAUUUACAAGAACAAGCUCGAACAUCGUAUGAAAAAGUAACUGAUACACUUCGUGAAUGGAAAAAUAAAUUAAUUGAAUAUACAACAACAACAAGCGGUCAAAUACAUCCUGAAGAAAAAAAAGUUGAUGAAAAAUAUCAAGAAUUACAUAAACAAUAUACAACAUCAACAUUUGUAAAAAAUUUUCGUACAUAUAUUGAUGACGCAACAAAAUCGUUUCAAAAAGAAAUUGAAACAAUGUUUCCAAGUUUAGCUGGAAAAAAUCCAACACAAUUAACACAUGAAGAUUUACAAGCUUUAUUAGUACAUGCACAUCGUCGUAUAGUUAAACUUCAAAAUGAUAUUGCACGUAUGCGUGUUAAUGAAUCGGAUUCAGUAAAAGCAGCUAUUGAUGUUCAACGUGCUGAUAUUGAUCGUCUUGUUGAACAACGUGUUCAAGAACGUGUAGCAAAAACCGCUGAACAACUAACUGAUGAAUUAAAAUCAUAUGAAAAAAAUCUUCGUCAACAAUUUGAUGAACAAUUAAAACAUGAAAUUGUUUUACAACAUCAAGCAUUAACACAAUAUUUAGCUGAUGUUUUAUCACGACAAUAUCAAGAAUGGGCACGUGAAUAUGAAAAACAAUUAGAUAAUGAAUCAACGAAAAUAAAUUUAAAUCUACAAAAUCAAUUACGAACAACAUUAGAUCGUUUACAUGCUAUUGAACAAGCUAUUGAAGCUAAUUAUGAUAGUCAAGAACGUGGACGUAAAGCUCAACAUUUAUGGAUUCAAGCACAAAAUAUCCUUAAUAAAGUUGUUCAUGGUACAACAACAGAAAAUGAUCUUGAUGUUAUAUCAAAAAUUGUUCCAAAUGAAAAAUUUGUUCAAGUACUUUUUAAUCAAUUAAAAACUGAUGAAUCACCAAUAACAAAUGAAGAAAUGUUACGUGAACGUUUUUCACAUGUUAAAAAAUUAUGUCGUCGUGUUGCAUUAAUUAAUGAUGGACAUAAUUCAUUAUGGAAUUAUUUUCUAUCAUAUUUUCAAAGUUUAUUAAUUGUACGACAACGUGAUGAUUCAAUAUUAGUUGAUGAUGCUAUUGAUCUUAAUCAAUUAGAUACAUUUACAAUUUUAAAUUAUGUUCAAUCCUAUUUAGAACAUAAUCAAUGGUAUAAUGCAUUACGUUUAAUGCAAUUAUUAACAGGUGAACCAAAGAAUGUUGCACAAUCAUGGAUUAAUGAUACACGAAAUUAUUUAGCUAAGAAACAAACAUCAGAAUUACUUGAAGCAUAUUCAAAUUCAAUUGGACUUGGAACAUUACCAAGAACAGCUUAG